CUUGUGUUCCUGUGAAUCAGCAUAGUUAACUUCACUAGUGAUAUCUUUUUUCACUCAAAGGAUCCCUGCUAUGGCUGGCGAUUCUAGGAAUACUAUGAACCAGGAUAUGGAGAUUGGAGGCACUCCCAGGGACCCUAAGAAGAUUCCCAAACAGGCCCGUGACUUUGUCCCCAUUGCCACAGACCGUACUCGCCUGCUGGCAGAAGGCAAGAAGCCCCGUCAACGCUACAUGGAGAAGAGUGGCAAGUGCAAUGUACACCAUGGCAAUGUCCAGGAAACCUACCGGUACCUGAGUGACCUUUUUACCACCCUGGUGGAUCUCAAAUGGCGCUUCAACCUACUUGUCUUCACCAUGGUCUACACCAUCACUUGGCUGUUCUUUGGUUUUAUCUGGUGGCUCAUAGCUUAUAUCCGGGGUGAUCUGGACCAUGUAGGUGACCAAAACUGGAUUCCAUGUGUUGAAAAUCUCAGUGGUUUUGUGUCUGCUUUCCUGUUCUCCAUCGAGACUGAAACCACCAUUGGAUAUGGCUUUCGGGUCAUCACAGAGAAAUGUCCCGAGGGGAUCAUCCUCCUCUUGGUCCAGGCCAUCCUAGGUUCCAUUGUCAAUGCCUUCAUGGUGGGGUGCAUGUUUGUCAAGAUCAGUCAGCCAAAGAAGAGAGCAGAGACCCUCAUGUUUUCCAACAAUGCUGUCAUCUCCAUGCGGGAUGGAAAGCUCUGCCUCAUGUUCCGGGUGGGUGACCUCCGCAAUUCUCACAUCGUAGAGGCCUCCAUCCGUGCCAAGCUCAUAAAGUCCCGGCAGACCAAAGAAGGGGAAUUCAUCCCCUUGAACCAGACUGACAUCAAUGUAGGCUUUGACACUGGAGAUGACCGUCUCUUCCUGGUGUCACCACUCAUCAUCUCCCAUGAGAUCAAUGAGAAGAGCCCUUUCUGGGAGAUGUCCCGUGCUCAGCUGGAUCAGGAGGAUUUUGAAGUCGUGGUCAUUUUAGAAGGGAUGGUAGAGGCAACAGGCAUGACUUGCCAAGCGCGGAGCUCUUAUAUGGAUACUGAGGUGCUCUGGGGCCACCGAUUCACACCAGUCCUCACCUUGGAAAAGGGCUUCUAUGAAGUAGACUACAACACCUUCCAUGACACCUAUGAGACCAACACUCCCAGCUGUUGUGCCAAGGAGUUGGCAGAAAUGAAGCCGGAAGGCCGGCUCCUCCAUUACCUCCCCAGUCCCCCCUUGCUGGGGGUCAGUGCUGAGACAAAGCCAGAUGCAGAGGCUGAGCAGGAAAGAAAGGAUGAGCCUGAGAAACUGAGAGGACCUCAGGAGACCAGGGGCUCAGUGUGAGAGCUGCAGUUUCCCAACAGCCUCCUUUCACUGGUUUC